GUUCGUGACCUUUAUUUUGAAAACGGGGCAAGCCAUUGUCGCCGGAAGUAGACUUUUGUGUUGUUCAUGCCGUUGCAGCUGUUGUAGAAAAGAGCUGCAAGCGCUAACGACAGUCUCAGUUGUCUUCGUUACUUUUACGUCUAAACAUGUCUCACACAAUUCUGCUGGUUCAGCCGACCAAAAGACCAGAGGGAAGAACAUAUGCAGAUUAUGAGUCUGUCAAUGAGUGCAUGGAGGGAGUGUGUAAGAUGUACGAGGAACAUCUGAAAAGAAUGAACCCCAACAGCCCGUCCAUCACGUACGACAUCAGCCAGCUGUUUGAUUUCAUUGAUGACCUGGCUGACCUCAGCUGUUUAGUGUACCGGGCUGACACACAGACCUACCAGCCUUACAACAAAGACUGGAUCAAAGAGAAGAUCUAUGUUCUGCUGAGACGCCAGGCCCAACAGGCGGGGAAAUAGAAUGAAGGAAACAUUCUUGUGGGCUGCACUGAUUUUUAUUCCCCAAACCCUCCACAGAUUUGUUCAUUUGAUCAGAGCUACACUGCAUCACUGGGCAAGCUAGCUGGAGCUGGCGACAUGCUUGUAACCAUUAAACCGUUCAUAUAUAAUGUGUACAUUUCCCUUUUUUCCUCCAUGUUUGUUUCAGAUUUAACCCACAAUGUUAUGAAAGUGGUUUAAAUGAAAGCUUAUUGUGUUCGCAAGGGUUCGGUUUUGUUGUGUGGGUUUGUUUUGUUGUAAUCUUAUGACUUUAUCCAGUUUUAUAAAAAUGGUGGUAACUAUGUUAGGUGAUGUUUCUUUUGAUCAGCUUUGUAUUUUAUUUUAUUUUGUUUUGGUCAUUUAGUACAAUAAACAACUUGAUGGAAAUUAA